AUGCACCCUGCUAUGUCGGUGUUGGGCGACUCCACAAUAGUCCAGUGCCAUCAUGGACGCAAGAACUCCCACGAACACACAGAACAUGCCCCCACAAAGCCGCAACCCCCGCGAUCGCUGCGCAAAGCAGUAUCAAUCCCAGCCGUAUCAACGCUAGUCAAGGACUCAUGGAAUUGGGCCGGCGACACUCUACACACUUACCGCGACGGCCUGACCAAAGAACAACGGAAGCAAAAAGUCGAGACCGAGGACCGCAAACAGAUCUUGUAUCUGCACAUGAAAAAUGCGAUGUCGUACCAGGAAUGGCGCAGUUGCGCCAGCGAACUCGACGAACUGGAAGACAACAACGCUUGGAAGCAGACGUUCGAGUCCCCCGAAUACGACCCUUAUCUUGUCCAAGGUCGCUUGCGACAGCUGGAAGAGGCGCGCAUUAGUUGUGAUGUGAGUCGGAUGCUGUUUCUCGUGCGCACGGCGCUGAGUCGGGAUUUGGCGCAUAUGAGUAAUGCGUCGCUUUAUCGGCAUUCGCACAUUGGGACCAAGGAUCUGAUCGAUCGGUAUAUCACUACCGCCGUGGAGACUAUCACUACACUGGUCGAUCUUUCUGUGCAUAAUCGCUGCGAUGGGCUGGAGUUGAAAUAUAUACUGGAUCAGUUGCUCGCGGCUCGACAGGCGUUUGGUCGCAGUGGGUUGCUGUUCUCUGGAGGUGCCACUUUUGGAAUGGCCCAUAUUGGGGUGCUCAAGGCUCUGUAUGAGGCCAAGAUGAUUCCUCGCAUCAUUUCAGGUGCAUCUGCCGGUAGUAUUGUGUGCGCGGUAUUUGGUACACGCACAGAUGAUGAACUGCCGGCGUUGCUGGAUACCUAUGUGCAUGGAAACUUUGCUGUUUUUAAUGAACAGGGCCAGGAAGAGAAUCUCUUGCAGAAGAUGACUCGCUUUUUGAAAUUUGGGUCCUUCCUUGACAUAUCGCAUUUGGCGAAUACUAUCAGAAGCUGGCUUGGAGAUUUGACUUUCCAGGAAGCAUACAACCGCACUCGCAGGAUUUUGAAUAUCUGCGUCUCCAGUGCAGGUAUGUACGAGCUUCCACGAUUGCUCAACUAUAUCUCUGCGCCGAAUGUGUUGAUUUGGUCCGCUGUGGCCGUAUCAUGCUCUGUGCCUUUCGUGUUUAGGCCAUUCACCCUCAUGGCUAAAGAUCCGUUGACAGGAGAAACAGUACCGUGGAAUGACCUCCACAAACAAUACAUUGACGGCUCUGUCGAUGGGGAUCUGCCCAUGACCCGGUUGUCAGAGAUGUUCAACGUCAACCAUUUCAUCGUCUCACAAGUCAAUCCCCAUGUGGUGCCUUUUCUACCAAAGGAAGAAGGACCCCGGACCGAGACAGAAGAUGGACCAUCCUUCGUUCCUCGAUGGAUGAACACCAUGACACAUCUUGCAAAAGACGAAGUUCUCUUCCGGAUGAAUGUCCUAUCAGAACUCGGAGUCUUCCCAACAUCGAUGACCAAGUUCGCUUCCAUCGUGAAUCAGAAAUAUCACGGCGAUAUCAACAUUUAUCCUGAACUGAGUUCGUCCAACUUUCCCCGACUUUUGGAGAACCCGACGACGGAAUUCAUGCUUGCAGCAUGUCUAAGCGGCGAAAGGGCGACAUGGCCACGACUGAGUCGGAUUCGAAAUCACUGCGCCAUCGAGCUUGCACUAGAUAGUGCGAUCCAGAAGAUGCGGGCCCGGGUAGCCUUCAGUCCUAGUCAGAUCGAUUUACGAAUGCUGAAUUCCUCCCGGCACUCGAUUGAUUCAGUAGACAGCAAUGGAAGAGGCGGUCAUCACCGACGGCGUGGUUCCCAUAGCCAUGAACUGCAAAAGAGACGUUCAGGUGGACAGUCGCGGCAACUACCAGUCCGAGAGCUGCGAAAAGCACGCAGCACCGUAUCCCUCAAGAACCCACCUCUAACUCUAUCGAACGAGUCAAUCCCCGAGUCAAUGCAACCGAGGACCCACCGCCGGACAUCCUCAGUAUCAUACAACAACGGAGCCAUCUUCGACAUCGGAUCUAGCAGCGAUGAUGACUGCGAAUUCUCACACUUGUACACAGUCCGACCUCGACUGACAGGCCAUCGAGCAUCCUCGGACUCAAUUUCCUUUGGUGGAGUUACUGCAAACCAUGGGCCUCGCAGCCCCGUCCGAUCACGGCGAUCCUCAUUCUCUUCCGGCCUAACCUACAAUUCCUCCGUGCCCACGCAUCGUGUCUCGCCGAAGCAAGUUUAUGCCUCUUCGGCUCGUGAGUUUUCCACGACCAUACCACCCUCAUCUCGCCAUCUGCUCAGCAUGACUCCCACACCAACGGCCCACCCGAGCUCUUCUGACAACUCUAUGCGAAAACAGCGGCACUAA